AUGCAUCCUCUGCUGAGCGAUGUUGCGGAGAACCUGGAGCGCAGGAGGCCCGGGAAUUGGGACCCGGCAGAUCAGACGGCUCAAAGAUCGCGGCUCACCAUGGCUCACAGUAAGGCGGGGGUGGUAGUCAGCCAAGAACCAUGUGACACUAUUGCCGGCCCAUGGUUCUUGGCUGCCUACCACCCCCGCCUGGACAGCUACUUGCAAAGUUCAAAGCGGCUGGCCGUUACAGCCUCCAGUCCCGAGCUGCAGCGUGGGUUGGCAAACAUACUGGCGGGCAAUCUGGCGGUUGAGCGUUCGGAGUCUGUUGACCCGCCCUCCGUGCCCAUGCAAAUGGAUGUUUCGCUAUCUUCUUACGCUGAUGAUGUGGCAAGAACCAUGCGAGCAGACAGUGCGCUCUGCCUCCACAAUGCCGCGUCGCUGUCGAGCACCCUUCUUUCACGUGCCCUGGCUCCGGACUUUGCGCAAAAUGAAGCCAAACAAGAGGUGCUGCCCUUCUUUGCCGGACAGGGUGCCAACAGCCACCUGCGAAACGCUUUCACUCUUCCCAGAAUCGUCCCUGGCAGCGUGCAGCGACACGCUCGUUGCCUGGGGCCGUACUUGGCUUUUGAUGGCCAACUCCAUGAUGAACGAGGCCGUAGAGUACAAGCAGCCAGAACUGCAUACUAUGCUCUCGGCAAGUUCUGGGCCAAGUGUCGUGUCAAAAGAUGGAGACUUACGGUCUUCAAGAGCAUGGUUGUGGGAGCUGCCUACAGCGGACUGGUUGCUUUUCCUGUGCAGGCGCCUGAUGUGCGUACCCUGGACAAGGAGCUCCUCAAGUUUGGUAGAAAGGUCUUACAAGGCACAGCGUGCGAGAAAAGUGUGGACAAAUACAAGGCCCUCUCAAACGACCAUGUGUGGCGCCUCCUGCGUUCUGCACCUACAGCUGUUGAAUUGUCAGCGCAACGCCUGCAGUGGUGGCAGCGCAUUGUGGCUAGGCCCGAGGAGCACCUCGCGCUCCUCUUCACAUUUUUCGGGCACAUCCCUGGCACUCCGGCGCCUUUCGACGAGAACGGUGCCAUCCAUGAUCGGUCACACGCUUGGAUGCGACAGCUGGGUGAAGACAUUCGACAGCUGGCUACAUGGGACAGCAGUGGUUUCAUGUCUGCGGCUGCUGACGGGCCGCUCGUGCUGUUCGUUGAUGCAGACUUCCGUGAAGCCUUCUUGCAACAAGUUUGUCGCUUCCGGCUGCUGCGCCUCCAGGAGCGGAUGCCGCCGAUGAGACUUUUGCAUGUGAUGCGCUGCUCGCUGAUGGCCAGCCGUGCAAUGCCACCUUCCCCACUUUCCGUGCUCUCGCAGUACAUCUGGCUCACAGCAAACAACAUGAACAGAGGCGCUCUUUGGCAACACUGCUCACCAUCAGUAACCAGUGCUGCGCAUGCCGGGCUACCUUGGCCUCUGUGCGAGUGGCGCGCAACCAUUUGCAUGAUAGCAUCAGACGAGGGUACUGUAGCCGGACGGCAGGCAGCGCUACAGUGCAUCAAGUACACGCGAGCUUGCCUUGCAAGUGUGCAAUCUGUGAUGUUCCGCUCCGACUGCUGGGUGAGGCUCAAGCACACUUGGCGUCGCACCUGCCCACUGCGUUCCGGAGACCGCGCAUCGACUACUACUUCCAGCGCCAUGGCCGACCAGUGGGCAGCGCACCUUCGGCCUCAGCUUGAAGGCGAGAAGCCAGCCAAGACCAGGGCCGUAGCGAGCAACAAGUCGGACCUUGAGCGAGAGCUACUCCUGAUCAUCACACGCUUGAGCCUCAAGAAUGCGGCAGACUUGCGAUUGCUCUGUAGCAUGGCUUACUCCACCAUCAAGUUUGAGGCGAAUCAUGGGGCGAUCAAAGCUUGUGAACAAGCUCGCCAGCUUCAUGCCGACCGCACACGUGGCCACUCUGGCCACCAAGAAGGACAACCAGAUGAGUACGCCCUGGUUGCUUUGCUCCUUUGCUUGAAGGCCAAUCUCGGGGCAGCUGACCAGGAGAUCAUCGAGCACUUCCUUGCGAGCCACCCGCCCAAGGCUUCGCAGCUCGCUGGUGCAGUGAAGGUUUGCCGUGUCCAGAAUAUGCACGUCUCCACGCACAAGAAGCUCUUCUUGCGACUCAGCGAUGAGCACAAAGACAUGGAAAAGGCUCUUGUUAGCGCGCUCGUUGCUGAUGGAGGCAUCCAGCUCUUCGGGCAGGCGCCACGUGGAUCUAUGGAGCGCAAAGCCAUGGAUCUCAUGCAAAAGCUUGGAGUGAAGAAUGAACAUGUCGAGUGA